AUGAGAAAUACAGUCUAUGAACCGCCCCAUAUUCUUAGCACCAAACCGAAAUUAAUGAUUAAAGAGUUGCACAGAUAUUUAGACGAGCACGAAAGAUCUAAUGAUGAGGAUCAAACUACUUGCGCCCAGUUACUACGAUUUCUGGAACUCCGAAAUGACUGGACGUUUGCUCGGAUUGUUUUGAAUAGGGUGAAUUCUCUACAGAAAGAGAUCUCUGAAGCUGGUGCCACAGAAUCUCGACUCAAUUUUCUCAAAGAGGAAGCCUCACAGCUGAGAUUCAAGAUGAAUUGCUUUGAAAAUGAGAAACUGGAGCAGAAGAAAAAGCUGCAGAACGAACUGCUGGAUCUCACUUCAUUAUCAUCUGAAAAGAAGCAAAGUUUUAAUGAUCGAAGAACGUACUUAGAACAAUGCGAGAUGGAGAACCGCGAAAAAAGUAAACAGAUCGAAACGUUACAAGAUGCAAUUGAUAUUUCGAGGUCAUGCGUAUCCCAACAUGAGCACCAACUUAGUUCUCUGGAGCAGUUAUUGUCAUCCCAAGCGAACCUUCUUGAAACCACUAGUCAAGAGAUUAAAGCUCUUAACGCGAAACUCAUAGGUGAAGGCGAUCAAGAAUGCUCACCUCUAGAAUAUCGACCUCGUGUAAUCUCUGCCCGCGAACGAGAAGCAACUUUCGCAACAUUGAUAAAGCAGCAACGUGAACGAAAUAGGCAACUGAGGUAUGAAAUUAUGACGAGGCGAAAAAGCAUCAGAGUGUUUUGUAGGAUCCGAUGCUCUUUUGAACCCGACGAGCACAACGCUGUGACUCUAGUACAAGGAUCUGACACUGAAGUCAGGGUGUCCAAGCCAUUGAAAACAUAUAAAGGCAUCGAAACCAAAGAUGAACACUUUACUCUUGAUAAAGUGUUUGGUCCCCAGCAUACAAACGGGGAGAUUUUCUAUGAAAUUGAACCUCUUAUAGAAGGUGCCCUCAAGGGUCACAAUGUUUGUAUAUUCGCUUAUGGUCAAACUAGUGCUGGAAAGUCUCAUACAAUGAUAUCUGAUGACGGAAUAACAAAACGAGCCGUCCAGUUCAUUUUUGAAGAGUUGGAUUCUAUGGAUGAUACAGAAUUCAGCAUCACCGGCAACUGUGUUGAAGUGUAUUUGGAUCACGUGAAUGAUCUCUUCUCUGGCUUGGGAACGAGUUCAAAUUCUCGGCUGGGUGCCACUUUGGAGUUUAGAAAUAGCAACGAUGUUUUUCAUGCUCUUUCUUAUGCUCAAACAAGGCGUAAGACAAUAUCCACAAAGGCCAAUGCAUCUUCGUCACGAUCGCACUUUAUUUUUUCGAUAGGCGUCAGUACCCUCAACAAAAAAACUGGUGUCAACACUAGCUGUGUGCUACGUUUCAUUGAUCUAGCUGGUUCAGAAAGAGUGUUUUCAGAUGACCCAUCCCGUCUGCAGGAGACAAAAGCCAUCAACUCGAGCUUGAGUACAUUAGGGACAGUUAUACAGGCGCUUCACAGCCCCGGGAGUCAUAUCCCCUUCCGGGCAAGCAAACUCACCGAGCUUUUGGCGCCAUGCUUGACUGACAGCUCCAAAGUUUUGAUGCUGGUUAAUGUAGCACCUGAAAAGAGCCACGUCAACGAAACUUUGAGCUCAUUGAGGUUUGCUGCCCGCGCGAAUUCUACUGUCUUGAAUUAA